GAGGGUUUCUGCCGCAUCCAUCGGUUCCUUGCGUUGUUUCGAUGUUGAGAGCUCUGUCGAGGCGCUGGCGGCUCGCCGUUCCGAGGUCUAGGGCGUACGCCGCGUCCAAAGAGACGGGCGCCGUUCCUUCCGAGGCGUCUGAGUGCUUGAGUGAGGCGAAGCCUGGGACGCGGGCGGUAUAUCUGGACAUGCAGUCGACGACCCCGGUCGAUCCUAGAGUGCUGGACACGAUGUUGAUGUACUACACGGAGCGUUUUGGGAACCCGCAUUCCCGCACCCACGCGUACGGUUGGGAGAGCGAGGGGGCGGUUGAGAACGCGCGAAGGCAAGUGGGGGACCUGAUUGGCGCGGACGCCAAGGAGAUAGUGUUUACGUCUGGGGCCACCGAGUCGAACAACAUAGCGAUCAAGGGCGUGGCUAGGUUUUACGGGGACAAGAAGCCGCAUAUUGUGACGACCCAGCUCGAGCACAAAUGCGUCCUCAGCAGUUGCAGGGACCUGGAGAGGGAGGGUUACAGGGCGACGUAUUUGCCGGUGCAGAGGAACGGGAUUAUAGAUUUGAACGUGUUGGAGAAUUGUCUUCGUGAGAACCAGGACACGUGCAUGGUGUCUGUCAUGGCCGUGAAUAACGAGAUAGGCGUCAUACAGCCCAUCAAGGAGAUAGGUGCGAUGUGUCGGAGACACAACGUGUUUUUUCACACUGACGCGGCGCAGGCCGUGGGAAAGAUUCCCAUAGACGUUGGCGAAUCGAACGUUGAUUUGAUGUCUAUAUCGGGUCACAAAAUAUAUGGUCCCAAGGGCGUCGGUGCAUUGUACGUUCGUCGUCGUCCUCGAGUGCGCAUAGACUCUAUUAUAUCUGGCGGGGGUCAGGAGCGUGGCAUUCGUUCCGGAACGGUUCCGGUGGCGCUCGUGGCCGGUUUGGGGAAGGCGGCCGAGAUCUGCCAGCAAGAGAUGGAGAACGAUAUGAGGCACGUGAGUCGUCUUUACCGUCGGCUCUACGACGGCAUCAAGAGCGCCAUACCCGAGGUCUACUUGAACGGCGACAGCGAAAUUCGCUAUUUUGGAAAUCUUAACUUGUCGUUCGCGUUUGUCGAGGGAGAGUCGCUGUUGCUCGGGCUCUCCGACAUCGCCUGUUCUUCUGGGAGCGCCUGUACGUCGGCGUCGUUGGAGCCGUCUUACGUUUUGCGCGCGCUUGGCGUGGAGGAGGACCUGGCUCACACGUCUAUCAGGUUUGGCAUUGGCAGGUUCACGGUGGACGAGGAAAUAGACUACGCUGUCAAACGCAUUUGUCAAAGCGUUCGGCGCCUCCGCGAGCUCAGUCCUCUGUACGAGAUGUACCAGGAAGGAGUGGACCUUAAGAACAUACGUUGGAACCAGGACGUCUGAACGCGCAAUGCAAGUUUCUCGGGAGAGCAAGCACACAGCGCCGCGCACGAGGACGCGUAGAUUUGAGAGAGAAAAGUGUCUUCUACUUGCUUCCUGGGUCGACCGAAGUUGUUCUUCGAAGAGAGAGAACUGGCGCGGCGCCCAUCGCCCGGGGCUUUCGCGGGUUGUGCUGCCGCGCCCUGCCUGUCGCGCGCGAAGUGGAGUCGGGCCGCACACGAACUACAAAAAAAAAGAGGGGAGGCGAGUGGCGGAGCGUUCAUUCGUCGUCGAGCUCUAGAAAAAGGAAAAAAACGAGACGCAAUUGAAUGCAACUUUUUUAAGA